AUGAAGUCAGAUUGGAAGUAUUUGUUUGUGGUUUAUGUUAUAUUAUUAAGUUUAGAAAGUAAAAAAUGGGUUUUGGGAGAACCAAAAAUACCUUGUUACUUUAUUUUUGGUGACUCUUUGGUAGAUAAUGGGAACAACAAUCUUCUUAUAACUACAGCAAAAGCAAAUUAUAAACCUUAUGGUAUCGACUUUCCAAAAGGUGCCACCGGAAGAUUUUCUAAUGGUCGAAACCUAGCUGAUUUCAUUGCUGAAUAUUUGAAGUUUCCGAAUUAUAUCCCACCAUUUAAGAAUACAAGAGGUUUCAAUAUACUCCAAGGAGUAAAUUAUGCAUCAGGAGCAGCAGGAAUUCGCCAAGAAACUGGACAAUCACAGGGGCAAGUAAUAAGCUUUGACCAACAAUUGAGGAACCACAAUCUUAUAAUUUCACGAAUUCGUCGCUCAAUGGGAAACAAUGACAGUGCAACAACAACUUAUCUUAAACGUUGUUUAUACCUAGUUGGAAUAGGUAGCAACGAUUACCUUAAUAACUAUUAUAUGCCAUUUUCUUAUCCAACUAGUCGCCUAUUUACCCCACAAGACUACGCCAUUGUCUUGACCCAACAACUUUCUUCACAAUUGAAGACUUUGUAUGGUGAGGGAGGUAGAAAGAUUGCUGUUUUUGGACUGGGGAUAAUAGGGUGUACUCCAUAUGCAAGGGCCACCUUUGACACCCAAGGAUCUCCAUGUGUGGAAAAUAUCAAUAAUGCCACUCAACUUUUCAAUAUUGCACUUAAGCCCCUUAUUCAAGACCUCAAUGCUAAAUACAUUGAUGCCAAGUUUACCUUCAUCGACGUUUCGCAAAUUUCCACUAUUCAACCUCCAAAUCAAGUUCAAUUAGUUUCAGAUGGUCCUUGUUGUGAAGUUCAACCUGAUAAGUUGCAAUGUGUUCCUUUUGGAAGAGUAUGUGGCAAUAGGAAUGGGUACACAUUUUGGGAUGGAGUUCAUCCAACUGAAGUUGCAUUUGAGGCAUUGGCAAAUAGAUCCUUUAAUGCCCAAUUUCCCAAUGACACUUACCCUUAUGAUAUUAACCAACUUGUUCACCUCAAUCUUCAAUAACUCUUUAUUUUGCUCUUUUUCAGUGGGAACUCACAAGGUGUUUAGAGUAAUUUCAUAUCUACAAUCAUUUUAUGUCUCUUAAUAUCAAUUAUGGUGUGAUAUUAAGUCAAACAUCUAAUAUGGAUCUUUAUGGUUAUUAUAGAUUAUAUGGUUGGUGCCUAAUAAAAGAUGGGAUUAAUAUAUAUAAU